AUGGCAUCGGCCAGCAUGGAUUGGCACGGGAUUUACAAGGAUUUGUUGUUCCGACGAGGAGCUAUCAAUCCCCCGUGCACUCACGUCAAGUCUGACGAUGAGGCAAACAGCGUCCUCGCAGACCGACUGACUUCCAAUGUGGGGCAGCGGGAGAGUGCGCAAAGCGCCAUCAGUGGGAUUGAAGGGGAUGAGAUUUCUACGGACCCUGCCUCCUUCGUCCGAGAUUUUCUGAGCGACUCACCAAGGGUGAGGAAGCGCGGCUGCAGGAAUAUAUCGCGCAUUUUCCGCGCGCUUGGCAAGUCGGUCGACGAGUUCCUUCUUUUCCUUCAAGACUUUGAGGAGGGCGAAGAUAACGAUGAUGUCUUGGCGAUUCUUUGUAACGAAUUGAAGGGGUUCUUUGAUGGCAAUGAAGAUCCCAGGAACGGCCGUGAUGAGUGCCCUUACGUCUGGGCAGGGGGGCUGAGCAUAAUUUCAAGCCUGUUGCUUCGAAUCAUGCUUCAUAGAGACAGAGACCUUCAGACGGCUGCACUCCAUGCCUUCACCGCCCUGCUUUCAACCUGCAACCACGCUGAGCUUCUCGGGAACAAAGCGACGUUCCAGGUUUUAGAGCUUUGCGAAGAUAAGCAAAGCGCAGCCCGCCAAACAGCUGCAAUUGUGAUACCCUCGCUACUCCAUUGCACCCGCCGCUGCUGGACAGACCUCCUGGAAAAGCAGCGAGCGCAAGGAAUGCCUGAGGACUCACACGUUCUCGAGACGUUGGUGGAGCUCAAGCAAAGGCUGUUCACAUCCUAUGUUGAGCUUUGUGGGGACAGGAACUGCUCGGUGCAGCUCGCAGCUGGUCAGCAGUUGCCGCUUUUUGUGGAUUACGUUGCGGCGGAAGUGGAGAUGCUGCAACAAGGAUUCUCAACGCAGCAGGUUGCUGAUGGCGCGAAAGACGGAGGAAAGCUGCAGGAUGCAAGGAGUAUCUGCCGUUGCUGCAAUGGCUCGGAGGAACGCAGCAGCGUUCAGGGCAGUGGGCAGCAGCUUCUUUCCAUUGCUUUGCGAACGAGUUGCCUUGACUACGGCUUUGUUCAGAACCUGGGGAAUACUUUCUUCAUGGGAGAUUCUUGGAUGCUGGAGCUAAACCAGAUUGCUGAAGAUAACCGUGAAAAUCAAGGGUCUCGACUCCCAGGCGCAUGCCUGAAUGCAGUCCUUGCCCUCCUCCCACUCUCCACUGCUCCACAGAGGCGUGUAUUCCUGGAGCUAGCGACGGAUCUGGCUCAGCGAGGCAAUUGGAAACUAAAAGUAUCCUUUCUAGGAUGUUUGGGUUCCCUCGCUCCUCCGGACAUUGCAUUUGUCUCUCCCCUGAUAUUGACCAGCGAAUUUGCAACUGACGAAGAUGGAGAAGAAUGCUGGCGGGUCCAAGCGGCCCUAGCUCAGCAGCUCCCUGUGCUCCUUCGAACUUUGGAAGACACAGAAGACAUUUUGUGGGAACGCAUAACUGGUCUGCUCCUGUCUCCAACGUGGGCCGUCCGCCAGGAGGCCGGCUUUGCCCUUCGAUCUGUAGCCGAAGAUGGAUACCAACGACGCCAAGCAAUGCCAAAAGUGGAGUUUAUUUUGGAGCAACGCCUUUUCCAUGCUCUUCAGCAGGUGGCUUCUUGUAAAAAUGCCUUUAUACGUCAAGACGUGGCAUUCUAUAUGCAUCAAAUAUGGGACUAUCUUCCGGACGGAAGGGCUCGAAGCAUAGUCUUGCCAUUGUUACAGAGCUUGCUGAAGGACCCCGCGCCAUGCUGCAGAUUGGCCCUGGUCAAGCUCUUGGGCAGAUUGCUUCAGAAAGAGGCGAGCAGUCAAGCAGACUUGGUGGAUGAUCUGAAGCAAAUGAUGGAGACUUUGUUGCGUGAUGAGUCGGAUGCGGUGCGAGAGGAAGCAUUAGAAUUUCAAGAAGUUUUGCGGCUUCGUGCCACUCCUCCUGUGAACUAG